GUAUCUCAGUUCGAGUUUGUAUUUCGUUUGGUGAGGUCCACUGUGCGCCACUGCUCGCAACAGUCCGCUUUUGUCCACUGUCGACGUGUCUCUCUCUGGCUCUCUUCGCCGUGCGUGUCCGUCCCGACUUUAUUUACCUUUCAUCUGGCGUUUUUCACAAAGAAUAAAGAUCAACUCAAAGUUAUGGCCGUAUCUUGCGGAUGCAAAAGUGCGUAGAAAACGUAGAAAACGCAGCUAAACGAAGAGGAAAAGUUGGCGCAGCCCAAAAAGAAGAAAGAAAAAAGCAAAGCAAAGUGCGCGUGUGUGUUUACGUGUGCGUGCGUGUGUGUGAGUGCGUGUCUUUUUCGUCGCUCCUUUGCAAAAAAAAAAUCGUAUCUUUCAGAUACACGACAAUUACUUGAGACAAGAGCAACAGAAAUCUAAUAAUCAGCUUAGGUUCUAUUUUGUUGUAACAAUUAGGGUUUUAAAGAAAUUUUCCUAGUUUCGUUGCGGAAUUUUUGUGUGGCGUUCCACUGCCCAAAACGUCCCCCGCUCUUUCUUUUUGGCUCUCGAGUUCUCGCUCUCUUCAUUUGGCUCUCUCGUGUCGCUUUGCCGCUUUCGGGUUUCAUAAUUUUGUCGCUUUUGGCUUGCGUAUCUUUAUUUAUAUUUUGUUUCGGUUCCAUUGCGUUUCGCUCAGUGUGAAUUUUAAUUGCCCACUUUUUGGAAAAUUCAAAAUACAAAUUUCGAAUUCUUCACCGCCACCUCCCCCAAAAACAAAAACAAAGCACACGCAAUAUUAAUAGUUUUACAUUCUUCUCGCCCAAACAGUUUCUCUGACAAAAUACUAUAUGAUUUUACCCAAAGAUCUUGGUGUAUAUAGUUUGUGCAAAAUAAAUACAAAUAAAAACCAUAAAUAAAUUCAAGCUAGCCUUGGCGAAAUAAUUGAAAAAUAUUUUUAAAAAAUACAUAAAAAAAAAGAAGAGAUAAAAACCAAAUCGAUAUAGAGAUAUAUAUAUUUAUACACACAACGGUUUCACUUUGCGAGUUGUAUACAAAGUAAUAAAGAAAUAUAAAAAAUAUAAAACAAAAGCGAUUUACAGUUAAUCACGCAAAUUGAUCAGUUGUCUGCCUCACGGUCUUUAAAAACCUCUCAAAAUAAAAUAAAUACCACGAAUAAAAAGUGCAAAUCAAUGUGCAAAAUCAAAUGAUAUAUUCAAUAAUUAUCACUUAUAAUGCCCCCUAACAAACUAAGCAAACAUGGAUUAACGCAUUUAUUGUAGAUUUUAUUAUCUAUGGGAUUAUAUUCGAAGUCAGCGAAAGGUUUGAAUGACUGAAUGCAACGUAAAUUAAUAACUGAAAGUGUUUCAUUUACGUUCGCGACUUUUGUGUGCAGACAUCAAAUCAACGGCAACAACAAAUUAGCAACAACAUCGUCAUCAGUAGCAACAACAACAACAGCAGCAACAAAAACAACGAAGGGCACAUCUAACGCUGCGGCUAACAGAUGAGCCCCAACAACAGAUGUCAAUUGCUGCAGCCGAAAAUGCAGGGCUUAGCCCAAGUGACUUACCAGAUCAUUGGGCCUCAGGAACGUCAAAUCCAGCGACCUCAACCAGCAGCAGCAGCAGCAGCAACAGUGCCAGCAGCAGCAACAACAACAGCAGCAGCAGCGGGAGCAGCAGCAGCAACAGUAGCGGCAACAGCAGCAAGUACAACAACAACAGCGGCAACAUAUCGGUCUGCAACCUGCCGCGUUCAUCGCCGGCCGCUGCCACAGCAGCCGUUACUUUAUCGUCGGCCGGCGGCGGCAUUGGUGGCAGCAACUUGCUGAGCGGACUGCACCACGGACUGGCGCCCGGAACGCAUCCACUGCAGCGCGCGACGGCAGCCAGCGGAGGCGGCGCUGGUGCUGGGGGCGUGGCAGGCGCCUCAACAGCAGCGGCACUUACACUCCAGCAGCAGCAGCAACACCAACAGCAGCAACUACAGCAACAGCAGCAGCACCAACAGCAACAUCAGCAGCAGCAGCAGCAGCAGCAACACCAGCAGUUGGCCUACCAGCAACACCAGCAACUGCAGCAGCAACUCAUCUCGCAGCAGCGAUCCAUUCAGAAUAAAUCGGCGGCAGUUGUUGCCGCACAAACGGCAAAUAUUGCAGCUGCCCUGCAGCGAUCGCCUGCCAAUAUGAAUGCGGUGGCAUCGCCGAUCUCAGCCAACUCUGCCAACUCAGCGACGCCCGGCCGGAAGAUACGCCGCAAGACGGACUCAAAGGUCAAUCUGCCUCAAUCACAAAUCAACAAAUGCAACAAUGAGAAGCGACGUCGCGAGGCGGAGAACGGCUAUAUUGAGCAGCUGUCGGAGAUAAUGACGCUGAACAAGCGUGGAGAUAUGACCUCAACGAAACCGGACAAGGCGGCUAUACUAAACCAAGUGGUUCAAACGUACCGUGAGAUUUGUGACAAGGGCCAAAAUCGUGAUAUAUCCUCAACGUCGACGAACAACAAUAACAACAACAACAACAAUUCGACGACAACGACCAACAACAACAACACGAACAGCAACAAUAACAACAACAACAGUAGUAGCAACAAUAACAACAACAACAACACCAGCAAACCGCAAGCAACCUCAACGCGCUGCAGCCGCUGUGCCACGGACAACUGCUCGAUCCAUCCGGUGCAACAGGGCGAGGUCUCCUCCACGGAGCCACCGCAUCCGGAGCCCUCGCUGCUUUUGGGUCAAGUGCCGGAGAUAUCGGCCUACUUCGAGGCCCUCGAACACUACAUUACGAGCGUUGGCUGGGUGCUGCUGCAGGUGAACGCCAACGGCAUCAUUGAGUCCUGCACGCAGAACAUCCGCGAGCUGAUCGGCUAUGAGAAGCAGGAGCUGUACCACCAGCCGCUCUGCAUGUACCUCUAUGCGGGGGACCACGCCAAGCUAGAGCCGAUCAUCAGCAACAUGUACAGCAGCAACAGCAGCAGCAGCAACAGCAACAGCAACAACAACAGCAACAGCAAUCCCAACGGAGGAGGAGGAGGAGGAGGAGGUGGCAGCAACAACUCUGGCUCCACCAGCAAUGCGGCUUCCGCCGGCGUUUGGGGCGAUCUCGAGGAGCUGAACAACGGCAAUGCCUCCCAGCAGUCGGCGGGUUCCAAUUCCAGCUCUGGCGGUGGUGCAGGUGGUGGUGCGGGUGGUGCUGGGGGAGCGGGCAAGAAGCGCAGCAUCUCCACCAAGGUGCGCAUGCUAGUCAAGGACACGCGAACCGCCACCCAAACGUCGUCGAACUGCGAGGAGAAGCCACUGAGGCAGGCUGGUCACCAGGACAAGUACGAGGAGGUGGUGCUCAUAGCGGCUCCAGUCAAGGAUGAUGCAGAUGCCAGUAGCUCUGUGCUUUGCUUGAUCACGCGACCCGAGGACGAAUCCCCGCUGGAGAUCAACAUUCAGCAGCACGUGCAGCAGCAGCCGAUCGAGCAGAUGACCUUCAAGCUGGACAUCCAUGGCAAAAUACUCACCCUGGAUCCGACGGCUCUGCGGGAGCCGUUCAAGCAGCACCUGCAGACGUGGGUGGGUCGCCUCUGGCAGGAUCUCUGCCAUCCGCACGACCUCUCCACGCUCAAGUCGCAUCUGCGCGACAUCCAGGACUCGGCCAGCGCCAAUUCCCCGGGAGCUGGUGCCGGCAGCAGUGUGGUUUCGCGUCCCUUUCGCCUGCGAUUGGGUGCCCCGGAUGUCUAUGUGCAUGUGAAGGCCAACUCGAGACUGUUCCUCAACCAGACGCCCGGCGAGGGCGACUUCAUCAUCUCCGUGCAGACGCUGCUCAACUCGGAGAACGACAUGAACAGCAACAACACGGGCGCGGGCAACUCCGUGGCGGGAUUGGGAUUGGGUCAGCUGUGUGCGAUGGCGCCGAGUCCCUCGCUCGCCAGUUCCCUGCUCAGCAGCCUCUCCAUGGACGGGCUGCACGGCGGCAAUGGCUCGGGAUCGGGUUCCUCCUCCUCGCCGGCGACGUCGGGCAUGCUGCCCACCCAUCUGCUGGGCGGACUGGUGGGCGGUGGCCAGCAGGGCGGCGGCGGCAACAGCACACAGACCACCAGUGUCGGUGGUCCGCUGAUGAGCAGUGCAAUCAUCAACGGCAGCGGGUUGCAGUCGCAGCAGCAGCAGCAGCAACAGCGAUCCGGAGCCAGUUCGUCGGCCAGUUCGUCGGCGAAUGCGCUGGUGAAUGCGUUCACCGCAUCGCCGGCGGCCGCGGAGCACGGCUUCUAUGUGAGCGACUCCUUUGAGUUCGAUAUCGCAGCACAUUCCUCAUUCGACAUGGAUCCCAGCGGUGGCGUGGGACCCUGGACGGAUUCCCGGCCGAAUUCGCGGGCUUCGGUGGCCACGCCCGUCAGCACGCCGCGUCCUCCGUCGGGUCAUGGAUUCAGUCCGGCGGUGUGCGCCUCCCCCGCCACGCCCUAUCAGCUCUCCUCGCACUCCGCCGCCAGUUUGCCCUCGCCGCAGUCGAAUGCCAGUGCCGGCGGCGGCAACUACGGCUUCAACUUCCACUCCUUCGAGGCGAGCGACGUGAAGAUCGAGAAGGAUGUCCAGCAGCAGCAGCAAAGUCAGCAGCAGCAGGGAAGCAACAAUAGUGGGAGUGGCAGCAGUAAUCCCUUAUUGGGUGGGGGUCUGCCAAACGGAGUGGGUGGACUGCUGCUCUCCCAGCAGCAGCAACAACAGCAGCAGCAGACGCCGCCGCAACAGCAGCAGCAGCAGCAACAGGAAUCCUCGGAGCGACUGCGACACCUGCUCACCAAGUCGCAGAGCUUGGCCGGCAGCUUGGGAGGAUUGGGCGAUGACGAGAAGUACUUCAAACCGGAGGGCAGUGAUGAGGAGAAGCUCGCCGGCGGCAGCUUUAAAAUGGGUGGCCAGCCAGGAGGCCUGGGAAUGUUUGGACCCAUGGGAUCCAUGGGACGGGGAGUGGGCAACUCCAUGCUGCACAAGGCGGGCAAUUCGCAGAAUCCCAUGCUGCUCAAGCUGUUGAACGAGAAGUCCGAGGAUGAUGACGGCAACGGAUCGGGCGGCGGACCGGGAUCCAUGAACAACUCCCGCCAGAGCGAGCUGAUGCGCCAGCUGAAGAACCCCGACGGGGGCAACCACGGAAUGCAUCGCGGUAGUGCCAGCGGGAACAUGAGCACCGAGGAUCUGAAGGCCAUGCUGAAGAUCCAAAGCGAUCCGCUCAGUCGGAAGCGAUCACUGAACGAGCCCGACGACGAUCCGUCCGCCAAGAGAUCCGAGGACAAGCCGAGCAAACUGUGCACGCAGAACAAGAUGUUGGCCAAGCUGCUGCAGAAUCCGCCAAAGAUACCCAAAGCACCCAAUCCCGAGCAGCCGCUGCAGGUGAAGACGCUGCCGGACAUCACCAGUUCCACGGUGAGCAGUACGCUGGCCGCUCCGGGCAACCUCAUAAGCGCUGGCAGCACAGGACCCAAAGCGGCCGCCAAUCGCAACCGAAAGCAGCAGCAGCAGCAGCAGCAGCAGCAACAGCAGCAGCAGCAACAGGCCACCGGCAUUCCUUCCCAGCAGCAGCAGCAGCCAAACGAUGUCUACCUCAGCCAACAGCAGCAGCAGCAACAGCAGCAGCAGCAACUACAGCCGCCGCAGCUGGCCUUCCAGCAGCACCAGCAACAGCAACUGGCGACCACAGCAACUACCUCAAUUACCACAGCGGCCUCCACUUCGGCUGCGGCGUCUGCAGCGGCGGCAGCAGCAGCGGCUGCCAUGCUCGGCGACGGCGAUUCGGAGCUGUCCAAGCUGCUGGACAGCGUGAUGGAAUACUAUCCGGAUGAUGCUCCCAUCGUUACCAGUGCUCCCUCUGAAGCGUCGGCCAUCAACGAUAUUCAAAAGUCGCUGAUGCUGGACGUCGAGUCGGCCGCCUUUGGCAACGAUCUGAACCAACACCUCAACAUGAUGAGCCAGCAGCAGCAGCAGCAGCAUCAGCAGAACCAGCAGCAGCAACUGCUGGCGUUGCAGGUUGCCCAGCAGCAGCACCAGCAGCAGCAGCAGCAACAGCGACAGCAGCACCUGCAACAGCCGCCCGCCUAUCCGGGCAUGCUCAACCUGCAGCAGCAACACCAACAGCAGCAGCAGCAGCAGAACCAGCAGCACAUCAUGCAGCGCUUGGAGACGAUGCGCUCGUUGGGCAAUCAGGGCUUCCAGCGCCCGCCGCCCAUGUAUCCCGCCCGCGGACGCGGACCCAUGAACGCGGUGGCCACGCCCGGCGGCGUCGUGCUGCCCGCCCAGCAGCAGCUGCGCAACAUGCGCCAGCAGCAGCAACUGGCGGCCGCGCAGCAGAAGGAACGCCUGCUGCAGCAGCAGCAGAAGCAGCAGCUGCUCGUCCCGGAGAAUGCCACUGGCAUGAACGCAGGCCUGAACAACAUUGGCUCGCUGCUGAACACGACGGUGGCUCCAAAUGUGUCCCUAUCCCGCACGAACCUUCCAUCGGACGCGCAGCUGAGUCCGAACUUUGCUCAGAGCCUGAUGCAGCAGCAACUGAGUCCCGGUCGCAGCACGCCCUACAGUCCGCAGCCCAAUCAAGGCUAUGCUCCUCAGUUCCCGCAACCCGGCCAACGUCUCUCCCCGCAGCAACAGCAGCAGCUCAGCCAGCAGCAGCAGAACAACGCGCAGCAGCAGCAGCAGUUGGCCUACCAGCAGCAGCAGCAGCAGCAGCAGCAACAGGUGGGCGACGGCGGUCGCUCCAACACUCCUUUCGGUUCCAACUCGGGCAUGCAAUCUCCCGGCAUGCAGAACAGUCCGCAGCAGUGGGGAGCUGGCGGCGGCGGAGGCGGUGGCCCAGGUGGUCCAUUGCCAGCGGGAAAUGCCGGCCGAACGCUGCAGCAACACAAUCCCAUGCUCAUUGCACAGCUGCAGGGCGUGAGUCCGUACAAUGCGCGUCAAUACCAACAGAACCAGAGACGCGGCCUCAAUUCCCCGGGAGCCGUUGGACCCGGCGGCAAUCCGGUGGCGGCGGCGCUCCAGCGGCAGAACUCCUUCCAGGGACAAGGCGGCGGCGGCGGUGCCACAACGCCCGAUGGUUCCGGCGUGGGUUUCGGUGGACCGCAGUCGCCGUACGGCAGCAAUGUCAACGUUUUCCAGCAGCAACAGUUGCAGCGUCUGCAGCGACAGGGCAGCGUGCCACAGGCUACGCAACAUCUGCCAGCUGGAGGAGUGUCCGGUGGCAGUGCCAAUUCGGAGUUCGUCAAGCAGGAGCUGCGAGCGGUGGUCAGUGUGCGGGCUCAGCAGGCGGCGGCGGCGGCCACGGGCGGAGCCGGAGGCGGCGGGGGCGUGGCACAGCGGGGACAGACGCCGCAGAGUCCGCUGCAGCAGGGUUCGGUGAUCGGAGGCGGCGGUGGUGGCAUUGUGGGCGGGGCCAAUAGCACAAACACAAUGGGCAAUGUAACGCCAACGGGCAGCGGCAAUGUCGGCAAUUCCAUGCUCAACACGCCACCAGAUCCAACGCUGGGCUUCAGUUUCGAGACACCGGACUUCUUCACCAGCAGCGCUACGAGGUGACCCUAAGGUGGCCAAAAUGCCAAAACCACGGAUCACAUUCAACCAAACUUAUCUUGCGCACGCAUUUAUGGCUCUAAAUAAAUGGGGGAAAAACACACAAACACACACAAAAAGAAAAACAAUAGGAAAUCAAAGGACGAAAGGCGGGAUGCAUGUAAAUCUAAUUAAAAAUAUUAGCAGCACUAUUUAAAAAAUAUAUACCUAAAUAUAUUUAUUUUAUAAUACUAGCAAAUAUUAAUUGUAAAGCAAAAUGGGAACCUCGUCUAAAAGAAAUUGCGAAAACAUAAUUAACAGACACAAGCUAUAGUUAAAUAUUUUCAAAAACGCAAAACACAAAAAAAAAAAAAAAAAUAACAAAAACAAACCAACUUCAAGAAAAACGAUACAAGAAAUGCAUAUUUAUUACGUUUAACAGUAAAGCCUAGUUAUAAGAGCUAUAUAUACAAAAAAGAAAGAAAACAGAAACAAAGCAAAGCAUAAAUAAUUACGCGUUAAGUGCUGACCGUUUCGAGGUGUUGUUAAAUUGAUAUAUGUAUAUUUAAAACAAACAUUAACAUUGCUAUUGUAUAACAUUUGGCGAGGCGUUGGCAGCGGCAGCAGUUGGCUAAGAUAUAGAUUUAAUGACAAGCGAUAAUAUAUAAUGUAUACAAUUCGAAAAGGGGAAGUCAUGUAACAUGUAACAUGUAACACGUAACACACAAAAAACACAAACUUGCUUGCGUAUUUCGUGUACGUAAGGGUAAUGUAUAUUUAAAAGUAGUGUUGAAUUUUGUUCAGUGUGAUAAUUUGUUAAACUUUAUAUACUAAAUGUUGCUAAUUUGUUGCUGCAAAAGCACGAGGACCUCGACUCCCAAAGGCUUUGCUUUUCGUUUACCUUCCUAAACAUUUUUAAGCUUCUUCGAACAUUGCUUUCUUUUAAAUUACCAUUUUUUAUCCAAACAAAACAUUUCUCUUCAACUACGAUUAUUGAAACUAUCCCUCUAACUGUACAUAUUUUCACAAAACAAUUUCACUAAGUUGCGCCGUCUAAAAAUUAUAUUUUGUAAUUUAGUUAAUGCUCGUUUAAAUUUAUUGUAAUUAUUCUUAAAUACUUUUAUAUCAAAGCGAGAAAGCAAAGCGCGCAAAGCAAAGUUGGCGUUGCAAUUUCAUGUGAAGGCUAUUUUACAGGUUUUGUUUAAACUAAUAUGUAAUUUUAACCAUUUUUAUAUUAACUAUUACACAUUAAAUAUAAAACAUUGGCAUGUAUACA